AUGGAAGUCCUAUCUAAGGAAGGUUACAUACCUCGAAUGGAGAUUGGAGAACUAGGCUUCUGUGAGAGCUGCGUCCUGGGGAAGUCUCACAAGCAGAGCUUCCCGAAAGCCAAACACACUACUAAAGGGAUCCUUGAGUACGUUCACUCGGAUCUAUGGGGUUCACCGUCAACUCCAGAGAGUCUCGGUGGUGCAAAGUACUUCAUCAGCUUCAUCGAUGAUUACUCAAAGAAGCUUUGGGUUUAUUUCCUGCGAACAAAGGAUGAGGCAUUCAGUAAGUUCAAAGAAUGGAAAGAAGCUGUUGAAAGUCACACUGAGAAGAAGAUAAAGUGUUUGAGAACAGAUAAUGGUUUGGAAUUCUGCAAUACCUUGUUUGACGACUUGUGCAGAAAGUCUGGAAUUAAGCGCCAUCGAACCUGUACCUACACCCCACAACAAAACGGAGUAUCAGAAAGGAUGAACAGAACCAUUAUGGAUAAAGUGAGAAGUAUGCUAGUUGAGACAGGAUUGGGACAAGAGUUUUGGGCUGAAGCUACAUCUACGGCUGUGUAUCUGAUAAACAGGACACCUAAUUCUACAAUUGAGUUUCAAUUACCAGAGGAGAGGUGGUCUGGUCAAAAGCCUGAUCUCACACACCUAAGAAGGUUCGGGUGUACAGCUUACGUUCACACUAUUCAGGAAAAGAUAAGUCCUAGAGCUGUAAAAGGCACUUUCCUAGGCUAUCCGUUUGGUGUUAAGGGUUACAGGACUACGUCUAGUGAUCAGUCUACGGCUACACAGAAGAAGAAAUCUGGGAGGAAAAAUGUUACCUUUGAUACUCAGCUGAUACAAGGACCGACUCCAUUGGGUGCACAAAAUUUGUCUGAUGUUGGUUCUGAGGGUUCAUCUGAUAUCGACGGUCAUGAAAUUUCAUCUUCUGAUGCGGAUUCUUCUCAAGGUGGAGCUACCACUCCUUCCUCAGUUGAUCCCAUUGAUGUUACCUCGGAUGAUGAAGAAGAAGGAUUAAUAUUCAAUGAGGAAGAAGAAGAAAAUGAGACUGAAACACUAAACAAGAUUGAUGAUUACCUGUUAGCAAGAGACCGUGAGAGACGUCAAAACGUCAGGCCACCUUCACGAUAUGAGGAUGCCGACUUCGUGGGUUAUGCUCUAUCUGCAGCUGAAGACAUUGAAACGGAAAAUCCUAAGUCAAUGACAGAAGCAAGAAAAGUCCUAAUUGGAAAUUAUGGCAUAAUGCAGCAGAUGAUGAGAUGA